CGCUGAUAAACAUACAGUCUUGGGAUUCUAGGGAGGGUACCGUGACAUAUCGCUCCACUACCUUUCUCAGCUAUUUUCUCCAUCAAAACCCAGGGCUUUUCCUCUGAGGCGUGUCCCUCGUUUUCAUCGCGCCCUCGUUUAUUUCUUCUGCGGGCCGCCUCGAAACCGGGCGCAGCACAGUCAAUGUUCAAAGAGGAGUCCCCCCCCCCCCCGCCCCGCCCCGAGGCCCGCAGCAGUCAGAAGGGAAUCAUGAGCACACCGAAGCCGAGCGGGCUCAAGCCGCCCAGCAAAAUCGGCAGGCCGGGUGGGGUGACCCCCAAAACCUCCCCCCCUUCUGCCAUGCCUAAGCCACCUUCAGCUGAUAAAUUGUCCGUUGGUCCCGGGUCCACAGAGGCCCAGGGGACAGCAGGUGAUUUCAAGGUGGGCGAUCGCGUGUGGGUGAACGGAAACAAGCCGGGUUUCGUGCAGUUCCUGGGGGAGACGCAAUUCGCCCCCGGCCAGUGGGCGGGCAUCGUUCUGGACGAGCCGAUUGGGAAGAACGACGGUUCCGUGGCAGGGGUGCGCUACUUCCAGUGCGAGGCCCAGCGGGGCAUCUUCACCCGCCCCUCCAAGCUAUCCCACAGCCCCGUGCCCGAGGGCGAGCCCAACGGCGCCCAGGCCGCCUCCGCCUCCCAGGCCAGCACCCCAACCUCCACCAGCCUGGCCUCCAACACGCCCGUAACCUCUGCCAGCGCCGCGCCCGCCUCCAAGAAGGCCACAACCGCCACCCCCACCACCAAUCUGGCACGGACCACCAGCGAGUCCCUGUCUAACCUGUCCGAGACAGGCUCGCUCAAGAAGGGCGAACGCGAGCUGAAGAUGGGCGACCGUGUGCUGGUGGGGGGCACCAAGGCAGGGGUGGUGCGCUUCAUGGGUGUGACGGACUUCGCCAAGGGGGAGUGGUGUGGCGUGGAGCUGGACGAGCCCUUGGGCAAGAACGACGGGGCGGUGGCAGGUACCAGGUACUUCCAGUGCCAGCCCAAGUACGGCCUCUUUGCCCCAGUGCACAAGGUAACACGUAUAGGUUUCCCGUCCACCACACCGGCCAAGGCCAAGACCAAGGUGCGCAAGAGCGGGGCCACGCCCUCUGCCCUGAAGCGCAGCCCCAGUGCCUCCUCCAUCAGCUCCAUGAGCUCUGUGGCGUCCUCUGUCAGUGGAAAACCCAGCCGCAGUGGCCUGCUGACGGAGACAUCAUCCCGCUAUGCACGGAAGAUCUCAGGCACCACGGCGCUGCAGGAGGCCCUGAAGGAGAAGCAGCAGCACAUCGAGCAGCUGCUGGCCGAGCGCGACCUGGAGCGGGCCGAGGUCGCCAAGACCACCAGCCACAUGGGCAAGGUGGAGCAGGAGCUCACCUUGAUGAGGGAGAGCCAGGAGCAGUAUGUGAUGGAGAUGGAGGCCAAGAUGGACCAGCUGCGCAUGCUGGUGGAGACGGCCGACAAGGAAAAGGUGGAGCUGCUGAACCAGCUGGAGGAGGAGAAGAGGAAAGUAGAGGACCUUCAGUUCAGUGUGGAGGAAGCUUGCAUUACCAAAGGUGACCUAGAGACGCAGACCAUGCUGGAGCAUGCCCGCAUUAAGGAACUCGAACAGAGCCUGCUCUUUGAAAAGACCAAAGCUGACAAACUCCAGAGGGAGUUAGAAGACACUAGGGUAGCCACUGUGUCAGAGAAGUCUCGUAUCAUGGAGCUGGAGAGGGAGUUAUCCCAGCAGGCGAAGGAGAUGGCAGACCUCAGGUUUCGACUGGAGUCUUCGCGGGGGUCGGGGGGUGAUUCAGCCUCCCUUCUCCUAGAUGAGCUGAGCACACUGAGAGCGCAGGUGGCGGAGCACCAAAAAGAGCGAGGGGCCCUGAGGGAGAAGCUGGAGGGCAGCGAGAGGAGCCACAGGAGAGAGCUGGCCCUGCUGCAGGCCGCCAGCGACAAGCUCUCCAAGGACAAUGAGCUGCUCAAGGCCCGGCUGGGGCAGGCCGAGAAGGAGCGCGCCGAAUCUGCCGCGCUGUGGCGCUCCAAGCUGGAGUCGGCCCUCGCCUCCCACCAGCAGGCCAUGGGAGAGCUGAGGACAUCCCUCGGCAAGGGGGCCGGGGCCCAGUCGGCCGAGCUGGUGGAGCUGAGAAGCAGCCUGGAGAGGCUGAAGGUGGAGCACAGGCUGGAGGUGGAGGACCUCCGGGCGACGCGGGCAGCCGAGGCAGAGGAGCUGCGGGCCCGCCUGCAGGAGGCGGCGAAGGAGAAGGACGGUCUGGAGGAGGCACUGCGCAACAGCCUGGAGAGCGCCGAGGAGCAGCACCUGGUGGAGAUGGAGGACGUGCUGGGCAAGCUGCACACCACGGAGCUGAAGGUAAAGGAACUGGAGCAGCUGGAGGGCAAGGUUAGCCAGCAGGCUGCUGAGCUGCAGGCCCUGAGGGCACAGCUGAGGGGGGCCCAGGAACAGGACCAGCAUGCCGAAGGUAACCUGGAGAGCCUAACAGCCAAGCUGGAGGCAGCCGAAGCCCUGUCUCUCUCCCAGGGCGGCAAGUUCAGUGAGCUGGCCAGUGAGCUUGAGAGCAAGCACCAGGAGGUCCGCUCUCUGCGGGAGAGCCUGGCCUCUGCAGAGCAGCAGCUGGACAGCUUGAAACAAAAGCUUCAAAGAGACUCAGAGGAAGAGGUGAAGGCAGCACAAACUAUGCAAGAGGUGCUUGAGAAGCUGGGUAAGAAAGAGAAGCAGUGCUCGACACUCUCUGCUGACGCAGAGGCUCUGAAAGCCCAGCUGGCAGGAAUGGAGAGGAAGAUGAAGGUGGCGGAGGAGAAGUUGGACCAGCUGACGAAGGACAAGGCCAAGCUUGAGAAUGACAUCGCAGAGAUGAUGAGAUCAUCAGGGGACAGCUCUGCCCAGCUCACCAAGAUGAAUGAUGACCUCACUCAGAAAGAGAGGAGGCUGGAGGAGCUUCAGGUCCAGCUCGCAGAGGCCAAGGAGCAGGUGGCGCACUCUGAGGAGAACCGGCGAAAGGACCAGGCCCGAGCAGAGCAGGACCUGCUGGACAGCAGGGACAAACACCGGGCUGAGCUGAAGGCCCUUCAGGAGAGGCUGGCCCAGCUGGAGAAAAGUGUGGAGCAGAGCCAGGCCCAGAACCAGGAGCUGCGGGUCUCUCAGGCGAAGACCCUGAGAGAGGAGUCGGAGCGGCACGGGCGGCAGGUGAAGGAGCUGGAGCGACUGGUGGCGGAGCUGCAGCCCUACAAAGAGCAGGCCCACGCCUCUCAGGCUGCCGGGCUGACAGCGCAGGACCUAGAGCGGCUGGAGCGGGAGAAGGGCCGUCUGCAGCAGGAGCAGGACCAGACGCAGGCCCUGCUAGAGGAGAGCAGGGCUGCCCAGCAAGAGCUGCGGCUUCAGCUUGAUGCUCUGAAACAGCAGAACUCCAAAUACCAGGAGGAGCUGAAUCUGUCCAAGGAGCAGCUCAGCACAGAGAGCCAGCGGAUGGGCAGCCUGUGUAAAGAGAUCGAGGAGCUGAAGCUGGCAGCAAGUCAGAAGUCCCAGCACCUGGCUGCUCUUCAGCAGGAGAACGGCAAGCUUGCCAAGGAGCUGAGCCAAGGCCAGCUCGAAGAGGAACGGCUGAGCCUCAGCAGCCAGCUGCAGGAUGUGAAGAGGAGAGAGAGUGAGUCUGAGAAGGAAACAGAAGAAGAAAGAGCAUCUCUCCAGCUAUCCUUCCAGAAAACUAGUGCCUUGAUCUUGGAGAAGGACAAAGAGUUGGAGACACUGAGGAAUGAGAUUGCGAUGCUGCGCGGCGAGAACGCCAUGGCGAAGACUCUGCAGUCGGCGGUGCAGUCCCUGGAGACGGAGAAGGCGCAGCUGCAGGGCCGUGUGCAAAGCCUGGAGCAGAGGCUGGCAGGCGGCCAGGGGGCUGGGGGUACUGAUGGCUCCUCAGGUGAUGCAGUCCUGGACCAGCUCAGAGAGGAGAAGGAAUUUGCGGAGGGCCAGAUUGACUUCCUGAACUCUGUCAUCGUGGACCUGCAGAGGAAGAACCAGGAGCUGAAGGGCAAGCUGAAGAAGCUGGCUGAGGCGGCGUUCAACGGGAACACGGAUGGCGAGCUGGAACACCACGGCAGUCGGUCCAAGAAGAAGCCCACUCCGCGACUCUUCUGUGACAUCUGCGACUGCUUCGACCUCCACGACACAGAGGACUGCCCCACCCAGAUGCAGUCGCCCGACUCCCCGCCUCACACGGCCUACCACGGCAGCCGCGGAGACGAGCGGCCCUACUGCGACAUCUGCGAAGCGUUCGGCCACUGGACUGAGUCCUGCAACGACGACCAGACCUUCUGAGGCUCGCUCGCUGCCCCCCCCUUCCCGCUGCCACCCCCCCCCCCACGCUGCUCAGAACAUGGUGGCACCCAGACUGGCUUCAACAUCACCUUCUCUCAUGUUUGUGUGUGUGUGUGUCCGCACGUCAACACCCACCUGGGCCAUUCGGUUCUCCUCUACCAGAGCACCUUCUCCCAAUAAGGGUCCAGUCACUUUUUAUGCUCCACCUAUUACUGUCAGUGCCAGGAGAUGGGAAAGCUGGCCACUGUCAGAAUUCAAAGUUUACAGAUGGGGGUAAAGCAGUAAUAACAAAACAGUACCAAGACAAACGGAUCAGUGACAAUGACAUUUGAAUGACUGUGAGAAAAGAGCAGGAUAGAUACUGCUCAACAGCAGCCACUUCUGGUGGUGAAAUGUUACUGCGGGAGCAGCUCUCAGUCAAUCAAAUGAGGCCUUGUCCACACGUACACAGGUGUUUUUUAAAGCGUAGCUUUUUCUAUGCGUUUUGGCCUUUUGUCCACACACAAACUGCGUUUUAGGUCACUGAAAAUGGACCUUUUGCAAAACUCCUUCCAGGAUGAAGUUUUUCAGAAACUCCGUUUUCAGUGUUUACCUGUAGACAGGGAAAAGUUUUUGGCUUGUAACAUUUACAUUUAUUCAUUUGGCAGACGCUUUUAUCCAAAGCGACUUACAUAGGUU